AUGUGGAACAACAAGCGAUCUGCCCCUGCUACACCAUUUGCUCGUCAAUUAUCACCUCGUCAGGUAGCCUCCAAGGCCCAUUCCUUAGCUUGCAAAAAGCUGGAUCGAGACGAUCGUCGCCGUAGACCACAAUAUCACAUGCGUGAACGUGUCUUGCUAUACAACACCAUGUCAAGUGCAGACUCUUAUCUCAACAAGCGCACUCCACGUUCAAAUCGACGAGUCUUAUCUGCUGAAGAAGAUGAUCUUGUUGGAUACGAUGAACAACCACAAAAUCACCAUCACAAUAAUCAGCAUCAUCCACCACAUCAUCAUUCACCACUCUGUGACAAUCCUAUGACCGAUGACGACGAUGAAGAAGAUGAUGAAGACGUUGAUGAGCCUCAAGAAAUCAAUAACACAAUCAUGACACCCCAAGAUAACAAGCAUGAUAAUGCGCAGGCGCACUCUUCAUCAUCAUCUAUACCCCCAUAUUCCGCCACUGCUAUUGCUGAUUGCCGGAUUAAUGAUCUCUUUAAUGCAUACCAUCCCCCAAGGCUCUCCUGCCUUUCUCCAGUCAUCAUUUAA